AUGGCGAGGCUCCACACGGAUGGACCGAAGGUCCUGCUGACCUUUUACCUUCUGAUGUUUAUAGGUGUGUCGGCUAUCCAAAACGAUCCGACGUCAUCGCGUUCCUCCCAAGAAGACAUAAUUCUCAGCGGCAGCGCGUACACGGGACCGGAAAGGACAUCGAACGUGUACCACCGUGAUGGAUCGCCGACGUUCCAGAGGACUGUUCCAGCAUUUCAGCUGGAAAGCUCGAAGAGUGUCCACGGUUUCGAUAAAAACGACGUCAGGUUCGAAGAUAAUACCGGGCAAGAAGAAGCUAUCGACGAACUGACGACAUCCUCGAAACACGUCGAUCAUAUCGACGGUAACAACAUAGAGGUGAAACCGGGGGAAUAUUAUCGUAUAGCCCCGACGACAAGCGAAUCCAUGUCGGGGGAAGGACAAGGGGCUCCGCAGGGACCAAAACUCUUGUCGGAGCCCCAUCAGCUGGUUGGAGUGUCGCACCAACGGGCACAGUACCUGCAGGCGAUAGAUCAACAAAGACAAGCUCGCCAAGAGACACCGAGGAUCUAUAGCGAACACGCUCCGCCGCCCAUCCUGCAAACCGCCACUGCAGGACAACGUCAGGCGAAUCCUGAUAUACAGGACAUCAUCACGGGGAUCGUGAAACUCCUGAAUGGGAACGUGAAUGUGGCUGCCAACACGGUCAGACCUCUGCGUCCGAUUCAAGCAACCAGGAUAAAUAACAGAGGUCCACCAAGAAUUUCAGACGUUCCACCUCUACCACCAGAUUUUGACACUCCUGGUAUGAAUCCUCCUCCUCCGCCAGAUCAUCCUUAUCCGUUUGAGAAACCACCAGCUCCGGAAAGACCCGUUGUUAAUCAACUACCACCGGAACGACCUAUUAGACCGUUCGUGAACGGAAUACCGCUACCAGAACAGAUUGUGCCCCAAGGAAAUCGCCCGUGGAACUGGAAUCGUCCUGGCGGCAAUAGACGACCUAUCCCACCGUAUAAACCAUUACCACCAUCCCUGGAUUCUACCUUCCAUCGGGAUAAGGAUCAGAACGACAAACAUCCAGAUAAAUCUCACUUCGGUCUGAAAUACGAAGAGGAACAGCCAGAGGAAUCUUCAACGAAAAAGGAAGAGAACGAUCAGAACGAGGCCACUACGAACAGUUUAGAGGAUGCCAUUAAGAUCCUCGAGGAAAAUAACAAUCAAAAGGAUAAGGAAAACUCGAAGAUCCCUGAUGCUCAGGUGUCGAAUAAACAUCAAAAUCCGCCGAAGGACAAUCGAAUAAGCAACGAGAAGACGUCGACGGUUGGGUCAGAACAUAGUCAGCCUAAUCAUGUGACUGACACGAAGAACGAAGAUUCUCCGAAGCCUGUGAUACCAUUGGACAUCAAACCCACGAAAUCGUCGAAGAUCAACGACUAUGGAGAUCCUAGUUCGGAUGUAAAUAACGAUAAACCUAACGUCGUAUCGACGUUCUCCAAAACAUCGACGAAAUCCUUUUCCACGUCAACGUUGAACAUCGAAACCAGCUCUUCAGUUCACGUAAUUGAACCGACAACGACGAAAACUGUUGUUCAGCCAACGGUAGCUUCUACGGACACCACUGCAAAUAAUUCACCGAGUUCAUCGAUUACGACAGCUUUGCAACCAAGCACGUCGACUGAUUUCGACAGCUCGACGAGUUCAUCGAGCGUUCCAACCCCGACAGAAAAUUUGCCUUCGACUUUUACAAAGUCCCCAUCGAUCGUCGAGAAAACUAUAAUUCACACUCCUGCAUCCAACACAUUCACAAAGAAUUCAGCCCCGACGGAUCGGUAUGCUUACCGACCCCGACCUGGAAUCGUCCUCGACGACACCUUGGAUUACACAGGAUCCCAAGGACUGGCUACUCAACGACCGUACCCGCCGCCGAGGCAUCCACCUCUCGGUGAUAUUUUUGAUGUCACGGUCUCGGCUAUCCAAGGUCCCGGCGGUGGAGGCUCCGGGGAAGGUGUCAGGGUGCCGAUAAACGCGGGAAGCGCGGAUGUGAUACUAACGUCUGCGGUCGAAGGUCAGGGAUUCGUCAGCAUUGACGGGAAAAGAACGUACUUGAAUCUCUUCGAAAAUUCCGACAGAACUUCGACACAUGUACAACCGCAACCUCAGCCUACGAGGACCCAGCCACCAGCCGUGGUUGGUACAGGAUUUGCAGUUCCGCAACCUGAUCCACCGACAGUCAGUCCAAGACCGACUGGACCAAUUCGACGACUGACCUUUCAUCGAAGACCGACUCAACCCCCAGUUCGAAUCGACACCUGUAUUGUAGGUGACACGAGCACCUGCGACGUCAGUCAACACGAGGCUUGUGCCACUGUUCAAGGAGUGUCCGCCUGUCACUGCAAGCCAGGAUACGCCAGACUACAGCAUUCGUUGCCUUGCAAGAAAAUUAUCAGUAUCGUGGUGUCUAUGAGAGUGGACAAGAUCUACGACAGGAAGGUCGUUUGGGAUCGAGGAUUCACCGAUAAGGACUCCGAAGCCUAUCAGACUUUAGCCUACGAGGCGAAUCGAGCUAUCGAAUCAGCUAUGUCGAUGACACCGUUCUCGGACGAGUACAUGGGCUCUUUGGUGAACGGCGUGUACCAGGGUGACGUGAGCCAAGGGCAAGGGGGUGUCUUUGUUAAUGCAACUCUGAAACUCACUUACGAGCCGAGAACAAUUAGGCCGAGCUUAGCAGGGGAAUUACAAAGACACCUGCUCGGCGUUAUUCACAGGAGGAGCAAUAAUAUCGGGAACAGUGCCCUGUACGUCGACAGUCCACCUGGAUCUAUAUCAAACUUGCAAGACUUGGACGAAUGUGUUUCGUCGGAGUUGAACGACUGCCAUUCGUCAGCCAGUUGUACGAACACUUGGGGCGGAUUUACGUGCGCCUGUAACCCAGGAUUAAAGGAUCCCCACAAGGACGAUCCCAACGAGUCUGGUAGGACUUGUAUAUCGUGUCCCUCGACGUACUGUAAUAAUCGAGGGUCGUGCUCGUAUCAGGGCGAUCACAUGCAAUGCACGUGCACUGGAAAUUAUUACGGUGCUCAGUGCGAGGUCGACGGAGAGGUUCUGGGUGUAGCUAUAGGAGCCUCUGUAGCAGCUUUAAUAAUUAUAGUUUUAACGCUCGUGUGUCUGGUCAUGUGGAGUCGAAGAUGGUCGAGAGAACAAAAAUCGGUUGGCUCACCGGUUUACGGAUAUAUUCAGGGCGGUAUUCCUGGUACACUACCAGGAACUCUGGCGAGGGUGGGAUCUGUCGGUACACUGGCUUCCGUAAAGCAAGGACCACCGACCAAUUUGCCACCCUAUAUGUGGGCACACUUCGGGGAUCACAUGGCAACUGCCAAUGUAUACGCGACGGAGCCCAUGGGACCAACUAGACCGAGUUCAGCCAUGUUCGGCUAUCCACCCAUUAACGUCCAUGGAACGUUACCACCUGUCCCCCUGCCAAGACUACAGGCACCGCCAAGAUCAAGACAGAGACACCAACCAGAUCCAGACAGCUCGGAUUCCGAGCCGCAGGACAAGGACAGAGCUGAUCUGAUCCCCCAAAGUAGCGGCUUUCACGUUCCCAGGCCAAAAUCUAGGUCAUCUUUAGCCAAUCAAAGCGGAAUCUACAAUGACGUGGAGUACGACCAAGGUGACGUGCACCAUUUAUCGAAAAACAAUAUCCCGAUGUCCACUUACAGGCCGUACUAUCGAACCUGA